CCGGGCCGAGCUGCGCGAGCCGGCCCCACCGAGCCGGCCGGGGGCGGAGAGAUGAGCGGCCGCCCCGCGGCAGCGCCCCAGGAUGGGGAGGGACGCGCGGCACUGCCCUCGGGAACCGGCGCUCCCGUGAAGUAGGAGCCGCAGACCGCCCGCCCGCCUUUCCGCGCCGCGGCCGCUCAGCCUCUGCCAUGGCCGGCUCUGGCGCGUGGAAGCGCUUCAAAUCUCUGCUGAGGAAGGAUGAUGCGCCGCUGUUUCUGAAUGACACCAGCGCCUUUGACUUCUCCGAUGAGGUGGGGGACGAGGGGCUUUCUAGGUUUAACAAACUUCGAGUUGUGGUGGCCGAUGAUGGUUCCGAAACCCGGGAAAGGCCUAUAAACGGGGCGCACUCGGCCCUCCAGGCCGACGAUGAUUCCUUACUGGACCAGGACUUAAAUUUGACCAACAGUCAGCUGAGUUUGAAGGUGGACCCCUGUGACAACUGCAGCAAACAGAAAGAGUUACUGAAGCAGAGAAAGGUGAAAACCAGGUUGACCAUUGCUGCCGUUCUUUAUUUGCUUUUCAUGAUUGGAGAACUUGUAGGUGGAUACAUUGCAAAUAGCCUAGCAAUCAUGACAGAUGCACUUCAUAUGUUAACUGACCUAAGUGCCAUCAUACUUACCCUGCUUGCUUUGUGGCUGUCUUCAAAAUCACCAACCAAGAGAUUCACCUUUGGAUUUCAUCGCUUAGAGGUUUUGUCAGCUAUGAUUAGUGUGCUGUUAGUGUAUAUACUUAUGGGAUUCCUCUUAUAUGAAGCUGUGCAAAGAACUAUCCAUAUGAACUACGAAAUAAAUGGAGAUAUAAUGCUCAUCACCGCAGCUGUUGGAGUUGCAGUUAACGUAAUAAUGGGGUUUCUGUUGAAACAGUCUGGUCACCAUCACUCCCAUUCCCACUCCCUGCCUUCAAAUUCUCCUACCAUAGGUUCUGGGUAUGGACAUGGACAUGGGCAGGAUAGCCUGGCAGUGAGAGCUGCAUUUGUACAUGCCUUGGGGGAUUUGGUACAGAGUGUUGGUGUGCUAAUAGCUGCAUACAUCAUACGAUUCAAGCCAGAAUACAAGAUUGCUGAUCCCAUCUGUACAUAUAUAUUUUCAUUACUUGUGGCUUUUACAACAUUUCGCAUCAUAUGGGACACAGUAGUUAUAAUACUGGAAGGUGUACCAAGCCAUUUGAAUGUAGAUUGUAUCAAAGAAGCCUUGAUGAAAAUAGAAGAUGUAUAUUCAGUGGAAGAUUUAAAUAUCUGGUCUCUCACUUCAGGAAAAUCUACUGCCAUAGUUCAUAUACAGCUAAUUCCUGGAAGUUCAUCUAAAUGGGAGGAAGUACAGUCAAAAGCAAAACAUUUAUUAUUGAACACAUUUGGCAUGUAUAAAUGUACUGUUCAGCUUCAGAGUUACAGGCAAGAAGUGGACAGAACUUGUGCAAAUUGUCAGAGUUCCAGUCCCUAAUUUUAUAUAUUUUGGGGACUACUGCCUUAUUUACCCUGUAGUCACAGACUUGAGAGCAAUAAAUGCAAACCUAAAUGAGAAAAUGGAAUCCCUGACAGCUGUGUCCAUAUCAAGCACCAGUCUCUCAAAACAGUCACUCCAGCCUGACAGUGCUAGUCUCCAUUUAAUGGUAAAAUGAGACUUCACCAUGAUUUUCAGAUGAAGAUGUUUCCAAAACAGUUUACAGUAUGAGAUGUGACUCUACAGAUACCUCAUAGAAGACAAUCCAAGACCAUACUUCAUUAAUUUGACAGAGUACAUGUCUUAAAGAAAGAAUUAAGAAUUCAUUAUUUGCUUUUAAUAAUACUUUUAAAGGCCAUUUUAUAUCAAGCCAGUACUGGAAAACUGAAUUUUUUUAUUAUGUCAUCUUGGCACCUAGUUUCUGGAAUUGCUGCUCUCUUUUUACAGAAAUUAUUCCUCAACAGAUUUCAGAAAGUACUAAUAAUUAUCCAGAGAAUGGAAUAAGCAUGUAUUCCCAAGUGUUUCAG